CUUAACUCUUGAUAAAGAUAUACAUUUGUUGAGUUCAUAUUUUACAUCAAAAGUGGCGCACAAUUGGUUUUUGAGAUUCUUGUGUGAGCAUGUACGACCGUAAAUUAGAGAAAACAGCAAGUGUCAGUAUUAUAGAAGAUCCAAAGGUAGAAAUUUGGAGGAUUGAAGCUUCAACUGCUGCAAAGAACACAAGAAAUUUCAUAAGAGAAAUUGUCGAUAAUUUGGAUUUGCAGCCGAAUCCAGAUAAAGCUGUCAUUGCGCUAUCUAUAGGAGAUCCAACGGUUUACGGUAAUCUUAAAGCUGCAGAUGAGACUAUCGAUGCAGUAAAGGCUGUUGUGGAGGAAGGAUUAUUUAACGGUUAUGUGGCAAGUACUGGGCACCAGGAUGCUAAAGAAGCCGUGGCAGAAUAUCUUUCAAAUGAUGGUGUUGAAAUUAGCGCCAGAGACGUAAUUUUAUGCAGCGGUUGCUCGUCUUCGUUAGAACAUUGUAUUACAGCCCUAGCCGAUGGCACAAAGAAUCAUAACAUUCUAAUUCCACGACCAGGAUUCCCUAUUUACCGAACCUUGGCUGAACAUAUCGGAGUUGAAGUAAGAUAUUAUAAUCUCAUACCAGAAAAUAAUUGGGAAGCUGAUAUUGACCACCUCGAAUCUCAAAUUGAUAACAAUACAGCUGCCAUCGUAUUAAACAAUCCAUCCAAUCCAUGCGGAUCCAGUUUUAGCAAAGAGCAUCUUAGAAAUAUUCUGGAAGUGGCUUACAAUAACCGAAUACCCGUGAUCGCCGAUGAAAUUUAUGAAAAUUUAGUUUUCCCUGGUGAACAGUUCACAUCCACGGCUUCGUUAAAUUCAGGAGUACCAUUAUUAAUUUGUGGUGGACUUGCAAAAAGAUUUUUGAUACCUGGUUGGAGAUUAGGGUGGAUAAUAGUACACGAUGAGUUUGGGGUUCUUGAUGACAUUCGAAAAGCUUUAAACUCUUUGUCUCAAAGAAUAAUCGGCAGCAAUACCCUAAUCCAAGGUGCUCUGCCAGCAAUUUUAAAAAACACACCGCAAAGUUUCUUUGAUUCUUUAAACAACACCUUGGCAAACAACGCUAAAGUAGCCUUCGAAGAAUUAAAGAAUGCUAGAGGUCUGACCCCAUUUAUGCCUCAGGGCACAAUGUAUAUGUUGGUUGAAAUACAAAUGGCGAAAUUUCCAAUGUUUGAAAAUGGAUUGGAAUUUGCAAAAAAGAUGAUGGAGGAAGAAUCUGUUUUCUGUUUACCUGGCGACUGUUUUGCAAUACCGGGAUUUCUUAGACUUGUUAUUACAGUUCCAGAGGAUCUGAUAAAGGAAGCGUGUCAAAGAAUGGCCGAAUUUUGCAAUCGUUAUUAUACACAAUAGAAUUUUUAUGACAAAUCUUUAACUACCUCUUAAUUUAGUGCAGCAAAGCGUCUCAGUGAUGUUAGAUAUUAGGAAAAG